AUGGAGCCGUCCCGCUGGCAGAGCGCUGCCCAGGGCGGGAAGGCACCGCGGAAGAAACGCCGUUCGUCCCCGCUACCGGGGGCGGCCGUUCCCCCGGGCAGAGCCGGCAGGCGGGCCGGCGUCUCCCAGUCGUGUCGGCGGCUUCUCUUUGGGAGCGCGGGUCCCCGCGGGCCGGAGGCCGGCAGCCUGAAGAGAAAGUCCAGUGUGAAAACCCUACCAAAAAUUAAAGAACAUUCUGAAGUCACUGAAGUGAGCUAUUCAUGUAGCCGAAGCAAUCAAGUGAAUGUCAAAGAAACAACAGACUUUGGAAAAAAAGAGAAAAUAGAAGAAAGCACUGUGCUGCUGAAGGAAUCCCUGAUAAUCAACUCUGAAAGUAAAGAAAGUUUGAAAAAUGCUGAAGUGACUUCAAGUACAGGAAUGACUCUUCCCACAGGUGUUUCAACCUUUCUCCUAGAGUGUUUAGAUGUAGAUUCAACUGCAGAUUAUAACGCAGGUACUAGUGACAGCCUGAACAGUUGCCCAUCCCCUGAAACAUUCAGAGAUGAUGGCUCAGAAAGAAGUAAUUUUUACUCUGAGGACUCUGGCAAGUACAAGAACUCUACUCUCCUGGACUCCAGCAAAGCAGUGACCAUAGAUAAGAUGCCGCAGAUCUCAAAUCUUUCAGCAAUAUUAGAACCUGUGUGGGAGGAUUUUCGAGACCAAAACACUAGAAGGUAAUCUGCAAAUCAGACUCUUUGAUGCAUCUAAA